AUACACUCACCCACCCUAUAAAUUAGAAAUCUCUCUCACUUCAUCUCAUCUCAUCCACGAUUAUCGACAAGCAUGGCCAUGCCCAUUUGCAGGAGGAGCACACUCCAAAUCAGCAGCAGCCUCAAAUGCCUUUACUUUAUCAGGAGGGCAUAUGCUGUACACACAGCAACUUCAACUUCAGCUUCAGCUUCAGCUUCUGCUGCCACCUCAGCAGUCGAGACAGCAAAAAUAGUCCCGUUGAUGGGAAAAGUAGGUGAUGAAUCUGCAGCGAUCGGGAAGCAAGUGUUUUGGAUGAAAGAUCCCAAGAGUGGGAAUUGGAUCCCAGAGAGCCAAUUUGGGCAUCAGGAGCUUGAUGUUGCAGACCUCAGGGCUAAGUUUCUCUCAAAGAACAGACAACCAUAA